AUGGCCCAAUCUGGUCCGCCGGGGGAUUCCAACAACCAGCUGAAGGUGGUUUUCAAAUUUAGCGUAGUUUGGAAUUAAAGUUACAGUAGUUAUUUUGACUGUCUAGAAGUUUUUGGCAUUCCGUUUUAAGUUUGAAAAAGUUGUCGGGAAAGAUAGAGUGGCGGACCGGACCUGAUCCAGUGGCAAAAAGCGUUCCAUUUUGCAUCCGGGAAGUACCAAAAAAUGCAGCAAAAUACCUCCAUCUCCAAGUGAAAAAACUCCCAUUUCAAAAGCGCGCCCGCUCUUUUUGUGAGGCGCCCUUCAAAACGGAGUUUUUUUAGUUGGGGAGGGAGGUAUUUUGCUGCAUUUUUGAUACUUCCCGGAUGAAAAAUGGUACGUUUUUUGCCACUGGAUCAGGUCCGUCACUGUAGUAACAUUAAUAUUUAUGUAGUAGGGUAGUUAAGUCGUCAAUUUGACGCGUCAGCCACGUUGUCAAAUAACCGGCAUUUUCGUCAUGUCAGAUUGCUCAGAUUGUUGUGUCAUUUUGCUUGUCAAAUUGAACUUUUUUGGAAUCAUUUUUUUUAGAUUUUUGUCUAAAAAAUCAUAAAAAUAUAAAAUUUUUAUGAACUAAAUUGCUCCUUUUUUCAAAACGACCGAUGAAACAUGCAGUAAAAUUAGCUACAAGUCACAUCAAUAUUCAUCAUAGUUCAUGUUAAACUAGCGUGUGAAAGCUUCGGUCAAAUUAACAACCCGAGUAUUUAGACGAUCGCUGAUGACAAAACAAUAACCCAAUCAGCGCGACAACACAAGAAUUCCGCGAAAGGCAAGAAAAAUUUGUGGGACCUGGUUUUGGCCGAGGCCACCGCUGAUCCGCCGAGGAGAAGAUUGCCGAUCAUCUUCGAUUAUGAUCACGGGCAGUAUGUAAGUCAACACAUGGUGUUCGUAUACUAUUAAGAGUAUAACAGCAAACUUUACAGAACUCAAAAAUUUAGAUUUUAAUUUUUUUUGUUUUUUAAAAGUUUUUCGUAUAAAAUGUCUCCUUGGACUAAAAAAAUGAUUUGCAGUUGGGAGUUGUGUUCUCGAGUCGUCUUGGAGUCCUCGAAGUGGAUCAACGGCCGGGAGUCUCGCCGCUGUGGGACAAGAUCAAACUCAGUGACAUUGUUCGGCAAGUCGGGAAUGUCAAGGUAAAUUCGCAUGGGCAAAACACGAAUUUAUCGUCUAGGUUUCGAGUAAAUCCGAGCUGAUGCAAUGCCUGAGGACUCAGCCGUCUCCAAUCUCGCUUUUGGUCGAGAGAUUUGUCACUCUCCACCGAUUGACGCCAGCCAGGGCCAAAUGGAAUAAUGUGGAUUUGAAAACUUGCGUAAGAUCAACAUAAAGCGAAACAUUCGUAUAAAAAACCGAAAUCGCAGUCUUUUAUGGUGUCUAUUUUCAGAAUGACGUCCCUCUGACGGCCUAUCUUCUACAUCGUAGGAAUGCGAAACUCGGGUUUUCGGUAAAGGCCAUGGGCACUUUGGUGGUCGUAAUGAAGGUGGAUGAAGGGUUGGGUGAGCAAUUUGUCUUUCAAAAUAUUUAACAAGAUGUCUGAUAUCUCUUUUUAUCAUAUGUGGGAUCUUUUUCAAGCUCUUGGAUGCCUUUUUAGCCAUUAUCUUACACUUAGGGCCAAGUUUAAUAUGUCUCAUUUACCUAUGAAUACAGAAUUUUUGGAACCGAAAAAUCAUUUAUAAUGGCCUGUAGACACAUAUACUUGGUAUUUACUAGACUUGAAUUAUUUUUAGACAACUUAAUCAUCGUUAUAUUACACUUCAUACCUAGUGUAAUAUACCGUUGUAUACCUUAGCCUGGUUAGAAAUCUUAACCUCCAAAAGCUUCAUAGUACUUGUCCGUUCUAUGAAGCCCUUUCUUAUCUUCCAAAACAGUGUUUUUAACCCUUUUUCACCAUUAUAAUACACUUGACAUCUACUGUAAAAUAAUGUCUUAUAUUUCCUAGCCUAUGGGAUUCUGGAGCCUGGCGAUAUCAUCAUGGAUAUAAAUGGAGAGAAGAUUACGAAUUCUGAUCAAGCCAAAACGUUGCUGCAAAAUUCGUUGAAGAAAAAUGCAAUUGUUUCUUUGGCCAUAAAGCGGCCGAUGACGCCCGAAACGUUGAACAAGGUGGCUGCGGUUAUCAACGACGACACGAACGACCCGGAAAUGCAGAUUGAUGCCAUCUUGAUUGGGAGAAAUGAAGCCUGCAAACGUCAUAUGAACCUGAGGAAUAAACCCAAAAACAAAAUCUUGGUAAAGGUGGGUAAUAUAAAGUAAAUUAAACGCGUUAGUCUUAAAAAGUUAGUCUUAAAUAUGCUGAAUAGUUGUUAGAUCGCUUCCAUUUUCUUUUUCAAGGAUUUUUUCGGUCAUAUCUGCCCAAAAUUUUCACACUGUAGCUGUAAAUUCCGCACUGUGCAAUCAUAUUUAUCUAACUCCAAAAAUAUGUCGUAUUUUAGCAAGUUACAAAAAAAUUUUUAACAAGAUAGACUCCUUCUGACUUGUUCUUUAUCUAUUUUCGUUUUGUAAAAUACGGUCGGUACUGUUCAUCGUUAUAUACGACAUAGAAAUGUAAAACAACUGCAUUGUGCAGUCAAAAGAUUUUCACUUUUUUAUAUUACACCUUUCAUUUCAGAGAUCCUCCUCUACAAAACACACUGCAAUGUGCCUCGAGAAGAAUGUGACCGAAGACAUUCAUUCCGAAGUCAAUUCCAAAGAUUGGGAUGAUUUACAGGCGGUCCCGCCUCGACUAGAUUUCAGUUCUUUGUCGUCUUCAGGCAACAACCAAAAGUCGAGUGGUCUGAAGAAACGGUUCAAAGUCUUGAUGGACACGUUCUUUUGA